AUGUCUCAAUACGAGAAGACGGUGGACGGAAGGAAGCGGCAGAGAUCGCCGGCUGUAGACAAUGAGGAAGAUGAUGAUCACGAGGAGAGCAGCGGUUGUAAUCGGUCGGAUAUUCAAGCUGAAAUACCUGAGGAAGAGGACGCACGGAUUCAUUACGAGGACAAUGAGGAGGGGACAAAUGUAGAACAGCAAGCUCCUUUGCCAUCUGUCGGGGAUCCAAAAUUUUGGGCGGUAAAAUCUGCGAUUGGCCAUGAAAGGGAGGCAAUGGUUCACCUAAUGCAGAAGUGCAUCGAAAAGGGACAUGAAUUGCAGAUUAGAUCUGUUAUAUCACUUUAUCAUCUCAAGAACUAUAUAUACAUUAAAGCAGACAAAGAGGUCCAUGUGAGGGAGGAAAUUCUAGCUUUUAGCCACAGAGAACUUUCCAAGUACUUUGAACCUGGAAAUCAUGUGAAAGUUGUGUCAGGAGCUUCAGAGGGCGCAACUGGAGUUGUGGUUUCAGUGGAGGGGCAUGUUGUUAGAAAUGUGUCAGAUACCACCAAGGACCUUCUCUGGGUAUUUUCCGACAAUGUUGUGGAAAGUUCUGAGGUAUCAUCUGGUAUCACACGAAUUGGAGAUUAUGAGCUUCAUGACCUCGUCUUCAUGGGUGAUAAUAGUUUUGGGGUGAUUAUAAGUGUUGAGAAUGAAGCUUUUCAGGUCCUUAAGGGGAUGCCAGAGAGACCGGAUCUUGAACUUGUGAUGCUAAGAGAGAUCAAAUACAAGAUUGACAAGAAACAUUCUGCAAAGAUCGGUACAACAACAUAUUAUCAGUGA